AUGCCGCAGCUGUACCGUGAUCCUUGGGCGAAGCGCGAGGCGUGGCGCAAGCAUCCCGUCUUCUCGCAUCGCUUCUUCGCACGCAACAUCUUCCCUGGAUUCGGUCUCGGCCUCGGCGCCUUCGCCGUCUACCUCGCCGUGGACACGCUCACACAUCCUUCCAACAUCGAAAAGCUCAAGGAGGACGCGCGCAAGCAGACCGGCCGCGACCACUAG